AUGGAGUUCAACACAUCUAUAAAAAGCAGUGAUGAACUCUUGAAGCACAUUGUUGCACAGGAAGAAUUGCAGGACAUUAUGCUAAGUGAACCCCCAAGACCGCGUGGGCACAGCGCCGGGGCACCCAGGUCGCGCGCCGACUCUGCGGAGCCGAACGCCGGCGGCUGCGGAAGCGACUCGGGCGGCGCGGACGCCUGCGCCCCGGAGCCCGCGCGUAGCCAGGCGACCCUGGGUGGGAGGAAGAGCCAAGCUCCAGGGCAGCCUGCGGGACUGGCGCUCUCGGGGCCCCUCAACCCCCAGACUUUGCAACUGCAACUGGAGGAGGAGGAAGAGGAGGAGGACGAGGAGGAGGAGGAGGAAGCCCGGGACCUAAAAGAAGGAGGGGAUGAACAGCACGAGGUGCCCCCCAGUGUGAAGCCAGAGCCCAGGACCAGCACCCGGCCCUCCGACGGGCUGGUCCCGGACCGGCCGAGCCAGCGGCGCCCACUGCCAGCCAAGAGACAAGUCCUCUGCUCCGUGUACUGCGUGGAGAAUGACCUGCCCACUUGCGAGCAGCCCGCGCCAAACGGGCCACCGCCUUGGGCUCCUCUGCCGGUGCCUAGUCCCCCCAGCCCCGCCUCCUCGGCCCCCAGCCCCAGGCUCUCCCUUCCAACCGACCCCCUGUCCCCCGACGGCGGCAGCAUUGAGCUGGAGUUCUACCUGGCGCCGGAGCCAUUCUCCGUGCCCAGCUUGUUGGGAGCGCCACCUUUUUCUGGCCUGAGUGGGGUAGGGGACCCCUAUGCGCCCCUCAUGGUGCUGAUGUGCCGGGUGUGCCUGGAAGACAAGCCCAUCAAGCCCUUGCCCUGCUGCAAGAAGGCCGUGUGCGAGGAGUGCCUCAAAGUCUACCUGAGCUCCCAGGUACAACUUGGCCAGGUAGACAUCAAAUGCCCUAUCACGGAGUGUUUUGAAUUCCUGGAAGAAACAACGGUUGUCUACAACUUAACGCACGAAGACUCCAUCAAAUAUAAGUACUUCUUGGAACUCGGCCGCAUUGAUUCCAGCACCAAGCCAUGUCCUCAGUGCAAGCACUUUACAACCUUCAAGCGAAAAGGACAUAUGCCCACCCCUUCCAGAUCAGAAAGCAAAUACAAAAUCCAGUGCCCCACUUGCCAAUUUGUCUGGUGUUUUAAGUGCCAUGCUCCUUGGCAUGAAGGCGUUAACUGCAAGGAGUACAAAAAAGGAGACAAAUUAUUGCGCCACUGGGCCAGCGAGAUUGAGCAUGGGCAAAGGAACGCCCAGAAAUGUCCAAAGUGCAAGAUCCACAUCCAGAGAACUGAAGGUUGUGACCAUAUGACUUGUUCACAGUGCAACACUAAUUUCUGUUAUCGAUGUGGGGAGAGAUAUCGCCAGCUCCGAUUCUUUGGAGACCACACAUCAAACCUCAGUAUAUUUGGAUGCAAAUAUCGCUACCUCCCAGAGAGACCUCAUUUAAGGAGAUUAGUUCGAGGGUCAGUCUGUGCUGGAAAGUUGUGCGUCGCACCGCUGCUCCUGGUUGUGGGAUUAGCGCUGGGAGCCAUCGCAGUUGUAAUCGGUUUAUUUGUCUUUCCUAUCUAUUGCCUUUGUAAAAAACAGAGAAAGCGGUCACGGACAGGCAUGCACUGGUAAAACACAGAUGAACGCAUCUGAACGACGCCGGUCCGGGUCGGAGCUGUGCAGAAUUACACCCACAUGUGAGUCCGACCUGGAAAACCACUGAGAGGAACCUGCUACCAUCUGGUCUUCCCUUGGUCCUCUGCAGGCCACAAUGCCUCUAGCGACGGUGCGCCCCCAACAUGGUAUCCGGUCCCUUUCCCACUACAGAUUGCUGCUUUUAAAAAAAAAGUCACUUUCAUAAACUAUAAGCAUCUGUAUCAUAACUUUGACCUUCUUUGUGGUUCUUUGAAGAAACUGUUUUCAUUAAGAAUCAGUUAUCCUCAGAAUGGUUCUGACCACGCCUCACCUGAGCAUUGCUUGGACUGUCUUUGAGCCCUGAACCUCCAUCAGGCCAUCUUGUGACAUUCAGUGUGUAUAACUGAGGUCCCAUCUGUACCAAUGAGCAAGGCCAUUUUACCGAAGAUGAAGUUCACCAUAUGCACCUGUUUUCAUCUGUGGCCUGAACAGCAGAAUUCAUCCGUUCUGAUGACUCAUAAUUGCUGAUGCUAUAUUUGCUAUAAUUGCUAGACAUCUCAAUGCCCAAAAGGGAACUAAUGAGAGUAACUUAAGAAGAACAGCCAUGAGUUGCUGAGGUACAUAUGUGUAGGGUGUGAGUGUGUGUGUAUAUAAAUAUCUAUGUCAAAGCUAGACCAAUGACCUUGUGCUUGUCUAGUUCCAUGCCUCUACACUAUUUUUCAUGUUUAUAGCACUAUUUAAAGAUGAUGGUUCCUCUACGGGCAUAGUUUGGUAAUAUGCUGAAUUAAAGUCAAUUUAGGACACAGGCUAUUUGGAUGUUGGUCCUUUCUAUUUCUUGUUCUCCCUUUUUAUCACACAUAUGCACACACACAGACUUAUGCAAUGUCAUCCAAGGGUUAUCAAACUUUGUCUACUGGCAAAACUGAUUGGCUGCUUUUAGAAAAUUCUCAAGACCAGAGCAUUUGGUCUUUUCAGAUUUCUCAUCCAGUGGCAUGCACGCUUCACUUUAUGAAUAAAUCCUUUUCCAUGGAAUUAGUUCAUUCAAAAAGCAAGUUUGGUGUGGGGAGAACUGCUUCAGUCUUCAAACAAAUCCCUAUUCCAGUGAACUUUUUUAUCAGGUUGUAAUUACUGAUAACUCUGUUUGGGUCAACAUUUUACAUUAUUGAAUGCCCUACCUUCUUCCCUGUCAACACCCUUCUUUAUUUAUCCUGGAGUUGGUCAUAAAAAUAAAUAGUACUUUGGAAGGGGUUUUCUGAGGUUUUCUUCUCAAAUCCAUUGAUAUCUUCUAUGGAAAGAUAAAAAGAAAUAUUUCUGUUGUCAUGGGUAUAUCUAAAAUAUAAACUGCUUUUGGAGAAAGCAGCCAAAAAAAUGAAGGAAAUGUUUUCAGGAAGUUUUUAUAAAGCUGUUAAGUCUUUAAAAACAAGGAACGAUCAGGUAUUCAAAUUGAGGAGCCUUUGUGGUCAUCACAAAAGUUCAUCAGCAGGACAGACGAAAACACCCAGAAAGAACUUGAAGCUUCCCCUUGUUUCCAAAUCCUUAACAUUGUCUAUCUGCCCUACAGGCAGCAUUUAUUUGCCAGCACCCUUGUCUGACUUGGAAUAGGUCAUGUGAUAAAACAUGCAUUAGCAUGCACAGUAUGUCUUUAUUUGGCUUUAGACUUUAGGAAUAUCUGUCACUUUUGUUUGACCUAAAAAGUCUGUUGUUAUGAAGUUUACUCACAUAGAUAAAUGCCAGCAUGCUUUCCUCUUUUUCUGGAUAAUAACUAGAAUAGUUAUACUAUAGCUUCUAGACAAUUUUCAAUUGUCUAUUUUCAAUUAAAGAAGGGAGUGCCAUGAAUGGUUUGGAGAUAGCCUAUAUUCCAAAAUAUAACUUAAGAAAAAAUGAUGCUCUAAUUUCAAAAUUUCAUCUUUGCAUUCCUUUAUUCAUCCAUCCGUCUUUCUGUAAUUCAACAAAUAUUUAUUGAGUGGCUCUUCCAGGUGCUCUAGUAUAAAGACUGAAAAUAUGAAACUUUCUAGCCUAAAUCCAUGUAUUUCUUAUUAUAAAGUACUUUUUGUAAAUAUAUCUUUCCUGGACUUAGGCCUUAGUUUGGUGGUGUUUGAACAUAAUGCUAAAUUGAGUGAAUAUGUACAUGUAUGUUAUACAUAUGUAUGUAUAGAAAAUAUUCCCUAACUGCAUAUGAAUACAUGUGCCACAUACAUUUAUACCAACUGAUUGAAUAAUAUACUCUCUGGUCUAGAUAAUCUAUUUUCUUAGUUUAUUGUGUCUGUUGUCUUUGGCCUACUCAGGGAUUUUUAUUCCUUUAAAUAAUUUAUCUUUUGGAGGUAUUUUUAUAUAUUAUUUAGACAACUGCUGGUGUCUGUUAUCAAACAGUGAAGGCUGUUUCUAUCAGUGCUUGAGAAUAGUGAGCACUGUGAUAGACAGUGUUUCCUUUUUCUAUCUCAUAGAUUUAAAAAAUAAUGUAUUUGUUUCUCUCGUUACAAAUGGACAUAUAUUUGGUCUUUCCCUGCUGAUGCGUUAAAAUCAUUACUUGUGAGAUUUUUGUUUUCUUACUAAGCGUUAUCAAAGUCUUAAAAAGAAGAAAAUAAAAUAGAUUAUAUUAGUGCCAAUAUUGAAGGUGAAACUAUAGAAGUUACUUUUGGAGUAAAUUCUAAAAACUACCUUAGAAAAAGUUGAGUGUCCAUACAUAAAUAUCUUUUUAUCCAAUGCUUGUCACUUUUACAUGUUUUUAUUCUAAAUUUAAUACAAGCUCCUUUAAUAACAUCAAACUAUCGAAUUGUAAAGUAGAACAAUUUCUGCUUAUCCCGCCCCUUACUUGUUAAGGGGUGACCACUGUUCAUGGUUUGGUAGGUGUUGCUUCAGACACUGUCUGCAAAUGUGUGUGUGUGCGUGUGUGUGUGUGCAUGUACCUGAACGUGUCUGUGUGUGCAUUAGUUUUACCCUGAUGGAAUAUUAAUAUCCUUAGUCUCUUGUGAUUUCUUUUUCAUUUUCUCAUGUAUCAGUGAACGCGUUACCAUAGGACUUUAAAUAGAAUUACCUCAUUCUUUUGUAAAUUGCUGCACACUGCCUUGUGGGGCAGUGUGCUCAUUUCUUUAAUUAGCCCCUAUGGAAUACAAAGGGACUUUUGUUUCCCCCCCCCCCUCCUUCUCUAUUACAAACAAGGUACCCAUGAAAAUAUUUUGCCUAUAGUUUUGUGCCCUGUGUGAACAUCUCCAUCGAUUUUUAAAUUUGGUUUUUAUAAGAUAUUUGUAACCAUAUUUUAAUGCAUUUUCAGUGAAUGAGAUCAGAGUAAUAUAAUUGAUACCCUUCUCUGGGAGAAAAGGCGCGGGGAGGGGUCUAUAGGAAUUCAUCAAUCUGUCAAGAAAGCCUCUUCUUCAGAUAAUUUUCCCACUGCUUGAGUAACCAAAUAAAUGCCUUGCCAACAAUUGUAAAGUUAAUCCUUUUCCAACAAAAAUAAAAUGCUGUAAGAUGUAUGUAAAGGAGGGAGAAAUACUACAUCAAAUUUUGUGUUGCUUAGUUUAAAACUUGUUGGAUCCAAAUGACAUAGUCCAGCAAACUGAAAAUGUUUGUCACGUUAAAAAAAAUACUGUCCAUGUUCAUGCCUGUUGUUCCGCAGAGGAUCUGGAUUAUACCAAUGAGCAAAAAAAGUAAAAAGCAGUAUGCUGGCAAUUAAACAUCCAUAGAAAAAUAAAAAUUGGACUCUAGGUAUGCCUGGGCUUGCUGGCAUAUUGAUCAAUGUGGAAUCAUGGGAGACAUUUAUUUGCAACGAAUCCCAAUAAUGCCCUAGGAAUUUGUCUAUGAGGUAAGAAGAGGUGAGGCGGCUCAAUAUCCUGUACCAGGAGAGGUGGGCUUCCUGGUACUAUUGUGUCCUACUAGAAUAGGCAGGAAAACUACCACAGGUAAUUAAGUACCACUCGGGUUACACCAUGCUAUCUUUAAUUGUAACUCAGGAUUCAGUGGUACCUGUCAGGAAAUUCUCAGUCCUACCACCUACCAGCUCCCGAGUCCCAGAGGCCCAGGUGAGCCUGUAUCUUUCGAUCCAACUUCCACAUAAGAGCCCCCUGGAACGUGGCGUGCGGCUCGUCUACUGCAGUAGGCCCAAAUGAUGAACAAAGCGCUGUCGAUGUUUUGGUCUCUGUGGCCCUUCCAGCCUCGUUUUCUCCACCUCUCUGUGACUUUAGCGACUUCUCACUGAAGGAGAAGAGAGGGCAGAUGGGGAGAAGGACGGACGCUGACCCAGGCCUUCGUGGCUGCUGGCAAAUGAGACUGUAUUUGCCCAGACUUCGGUCCAGCUUCUCCCUUCCAAGGAACUUUUCUCGCUGCCUGUUAAACUGACCAAUUCAAAAAGUGAGUGACCUACGUGACAUUAAUUGACAUACUCUUAAUUGCAAAACUAAGAAAAUUCAAACCAAAAGCCAAUUCUAUUUUAAUUUUACAAUGAAACCCGUGAAGGCAGGAACCUGUCAGAGAAGGAAAACUAAAAAGAUUUGCCCCUUAAUGUGGUCAAAGGUAGACUGCUUGUGAGACCUGGAACGACGAGGCCGUUCUGCCGGGUUCCGGCUUUCACAGGGUCUGCUGUUUAAGUUACACAUAGGCCUUGAUGUGAGUCUUCACAUGGAAUUGUGUGCUUCUCUUUUUGUAUAUGUGACUAGCAUCUGUCCCAAUCAUUGAAGGUAAAGUUUCCCAUGUUCAACUUUUUCUUUGCUUGUCUGUUAUUAGCUAUGCUAGAGCCUUAAAAUUCAACAAUGCACUUUAAAAUAUCUGUGCCAUUUAAGUAAUUUACUGACAAAGUUAAGGCAACUGACAUGUGUAUAUUUCAAUGGAGAAAGUAGAAUAACAGUGUUAGGAGAUAUGUGUCACCUCUUUCAAUUUGAAGGGGAUCAGAAACUAGAUAUUUUAAACAAGGAAAACAUACCUGAAACACAUGUCAUAGAAUUCUGAAAUUGUAGUAGUACCAGAGAUCAAUCCAGAAACAUAACAACUGCUACUUACUUCCUGUCACCUAACAACCUAGCUGGAAUGUUUGCUUGAGAUAUUAGAUGAGUGAAUUCUGCUAAAAGCUUUAACUGCAUUUUGUUAUUUCAUGAAAACGUAAAGCAGCUUCCUACCUGGAAACAUGGUAUAUCAAAACUACCACCAAUAACCAGCCUAAACAAAUUUUGUUUGCACAAGCCAUAAUAAUUUACAUCACUCCUACUCUGGAGAAUUUUUUCACAAGAUCACAUUUUUAUAUAUAUCCCUAGUUAUUUCUUUGAUUAAUCUGAAAUAAUGCGAUAGAAACUUUUCAAUACAGUGGAAUCCUUUUGUGACUCUGGUUUAGUGGGCAGAACUAAUAGUCCACCUUCCAAACUAUAACCUACUAAAUGCAUAUCAUUGUCACAAAGCCUAAACAUGAGUUCACGUCACCCAAAUAGAAAGAAGAGUCACAAUACAAGACACUUUUGAAAAAGCUUAUUUGGAAGGUUAGCUGAAGCCUUCACCUCUCAUAUUGCCAGUUUUAGAAACAUGUCACGUGUACUAUAAACUCUCUUCCUUGUAUUAGCAAAAGAAAUGGCUGUUUUGAGCAUAAUAACAAUAUGGAUUUAAAGGCAAUAAGUUAUUUUUUAAUAGGCAAAAUAUUGCCACCAUCACCCCCUGUACCUCCUUUUGUCUUUUAAAGGAUAUUAUUAGGUGUGCUAAACUUUAUAUCACUUAGAUUUGAGAGAUUUAUUAGUCUAGAACAUAUUUUUAUUCUUCAGGUCUUUGCCACAUUCUUAUCACUCCACUCUAUCGGUCAUACCUAAAGGAUUGUCUGGCUUUGGGAAAUGGUACCCGUGCUCCUUAACAUCAUAUUUGUGUUUUCUCACACAUUUCCUGAUCACCUUAUCUAUUUAUUUAUUUUCACAUCCCCAGGCUUCAUCCUAUCUCACUCAAGUGUAAAAUAAAUUUUCACCCUUUGAUUCUAAUGAUGUGAAAUUCAAACACUGAAAAGACACCAUAAUUUAACUCUGGGAAUGAACAUGAUUUACCUUGGCUUGGUUUUCCUGCAAAUUUGAAAGGCAUCGGGGAUGUCUGAAACACUUUCUAAUCCUUGAUGAGAGAAACUUGCCCAGCCUGCUCUCAAGAAAUAAAUGAAUGUGAUGAGGUCAAAUGGCUCAUUGGGCCUAAUAAUACUUUAAAAUUAAGUUUCAGGAGUUAAUAUAUGAAUACUGUAAGAUCAAUAUUAUCUUUGGCUCAUUAGACAGAAGAACCAUAUGGAUAGACAUCCAAAGUAGCCAAAUAAGUGCUUUCUGGCCUUGUUUCAGCAAAAUGCCCUACAAUAUGACCUUGGGACUGGGUUUAGGUUCAUGCUUUUGAGAUGUCAUUGAAUUUCUUGAUAAUCAAUAGUUAAUAACAUUGAAUGUAACUGACAUUAGACCUGUUCUUGAGAAACCAUCUGUCGUUUGGAAAUAUAUAACUUGUUCAUUGAUAUGAUUCAGAUGAAAACCACGCUCCAACUAGGAAGAAAAUAAGAUAUAUUUAGGAUCGGUUUAAGAUUUGACAAGGAAAGGUCAGAGGAUAGUCAAACUUGGUUGCUAAAGGGCCCCAGAAAUUGCUGAAAUUAUGUCAUUUCAAAUUCUCCCCUACAGCUUGCCAAGCUGCCCUGUUGGUCACUGGUUUGCUGCAAAUGUAUGGGGUUUUUGCAGCAAACGUAAGCUGGGGAAAUAUUUUCAAAAAUCCAGCCAAAUCCUACAAGUGAACGUUUGCUAACAUAUGUCCUCUAUGUACAAAUACGGUUGUACUGUAUCUGAUUUUUCCCCAUCUAUAUAAAAUUAGCAUUCUUUGUGUUCCUUUAUAAAGAAAAUGUAUAGAAAGUUUUAUUUUUAGCAGUUGACUACAAGCCCUUUCUCUUGUCGACUUCAAAGAAAUACUGUUUUGAAAUUCCAUAUGGCAACCCUGCAGUAGUUUACUUUUGAUAUUUGAUCAUUUUCAUCAUCAUGAUAUUGAACUGAUGUUUCUAAAAGUAAAGCAACUUUCUUUAUGUUCUGGAUAAAAUCUAGAACAAUGGGUUUGUAGAUAAUCAUUUACCGUGCCAAGGACAAUCUGUUACAGAUUUUUGAAAUGAGAACUAAUUGACAAUCAUGUUGCUCAUAAAAAGCUAUUUUAAUUCGUAAAUUCUGAGACCACAAAAAACAAUGUUGUGUAAAAGGAACAUUAACAACAGUUGCAUUAAAAUGUAAUUAAAUGAUCACAACACAUGACUAAAAGCCACGAGUCAGUUGUUUAUAUUUCAAAUAAAAUUGAGUAUCAGACACUUUCAUGAAACAUAUUUAUAUACAUAUAUCCUACUGCAAAACUACAAGGAGAUAAAUCACAUUCUCUUUUCCCACAAAGAAUAUAAAAUGCUAACAAGAAAACUGGUUAUUUACUCUGGCAUCGCUGAAUAUCCAGAAACUUGUACUUGUAAGAAAUAAUUGUAAACUAUUUUAAUUACCAUUGUAUAUCUCAUUUAAAUUGUAUUCUCAUAAAAAUAGAAAAUGAAAAACAAUUUUUUUGUUUUAAAAAUGAUUUUCACCACUAGUUUGUACCAGAUCUUGUUCAUUAUGUAAUUACAUUACAUAUAUUUUUAUUCCCCAUGAAAUAUAGACAUUUUCCAAAUACUAUAUCAUGUUUUAAAUGAACCUGGUUAAAACUAAUUUUCUUUGCUUUGUCAAUGAUAUUGUGAAAGAUCUACAUUUCACUAGUAUUAUUAUUGUUUGUUAUCCAUAAAACUAUAUAAAAGAAAUCAUUAUGAAUUUUGAUAGAAGGUAGAAGUAAAAUAAAGAAAAUAGCCAGUAUUAAUAUCCUUGGGUAGAAUCUUUUGUGUAUGUGUAGGAAAAAGAAUUCUACGGAGGUAAAAACGUUAGAAAAUAGGGAAUAUCUAAAAUCUUAAUUUCUUAGUUUAUUAGAGUAAUCAUCUUUUCUUCAACAGCAUUGGAGUUUCAUGCUGUUAUUUCAGUGCAUUGUGCUCAUAGCAUAGUGCACAUGGUCCCCCAUCAUUUUGUAUUCAAAUGUUACCGAAAAGAAUGGAAGAUGUUGUUGAAUAAAAGCCAGGUAAACUUGGUGUUUAUUCCUAUCUUCCCAUAGCACUAAUGUAUAGCCCACACCUUCCAUACAAUAUUUUGUGCGAUAAGAGUAUAUAACAUUUAUAUAUGUUAUUAGUGCCUUAUUUUUUUCACUUGACUUUAUUAUCUUAAAGAGCCAUAUAUUUUUGUGAGUGUGCUCUUUUAUUUAAAGUGCUAAUGAAACAGUCUAUUUUGAGGGCUGUAUCUAGGCUGUAUUUAUUUGCUUAAUCCACUGCAUUAUCUCUAGGCCAUCAGGUUUUUCUCAAAUCUACUUUUCAUAUUUGUUAAUGUAUUAAAAAAAUGGCACACUAAACACUAGGAAUUGAAGCCAUUCUUACCAAAAUUUCUUUAAAAUUCAGAAAAGGACAUUGAAUAUUAAAGUUUCAAAUGAGUUGAAAUGGCUAGCAGACUUUAUAGAUCUUUCUAGGAAAAAAUUGCCACACACAAAAAUUAAAGUAGCUUAAAAAAUAAGUAACUAUAUGCUACUUCAGGAAACUAACUGACCCAUUUCUUACAACUUGUCCUUGGCAAUGUUGUCUUUGUAAUGCUCUUCUGCAUUAAUGCUGGAAUGGUGUUUGCUAUUUACAUGUUACAGCAGGUUUUUCCAACACCAAGCCAUUCUGUACAAUUUGUUCAUUAGCUCUUUUUGGUCAGUGCCUUUUGUUUUCACUGUAUACAAAAUAUUGGUUUUGUUGUAUUCUCCAUGUACCGUAGUUUGUAAUUCACCCUCUCCUGAUGAAUGUGUGAUGAAUAGUUCAACCGUGUGUUUAGAAAUGGCAAAGACAGGUUGUACAUGCACAUACGUUUAAAUAUUUGAAGAAAAAUAAAAAGAAAAGAAUCCUGCCAACAGAUACGUCCUGCUGGACAGGACCAGAAAAUGAACCGGUUUUUGUUUGUUUGUUUGUUUGUUUGUUUUUGUAAGCAGUGGAAUUUUAAAUAUCUAUUACCUCAAGAAUUUCCGGUGGAUGUGUGUCCAGGUAGCGCUCCUGAGGACAUGCACUGUCAUUGACUGCUGGCGGUAAAUGCAGCCCAGAGGUUUGCAAGCAAUUUUAGGGGCGUGUCUUUCAAAAGGUGGAUAUCUGGUAUCUCGGAGUCAAAUUUUGGAAUUCUGAAUAUGCCCCGAUGGCCCUUUUUUUGUGGUUGGGCUUUUGACAUUGUUUGGGGUUGGUUGAUCUCGAAUGGAAGAGUAGUCUUAAUUGUGAGAUAAGAUCUCUCUUGGCUGAAAACUUUAAUGCGAAUCAAACUAUUUUGAUUGUCACUGUUUGAACCGUUUUCGUGUAUGGAUCACUAUGGCGUGCUGCUUACUCACAUGGUGUGUUCAGCACAUCAUGCAAUGUCAUCAUCUAGCAAUGCCUAAUAAAAGUUUUUAAAAGAGAA